UGGGAGAGGAGGAUGCGCGUCUCAGUGGUGGGCUUCUUGGGGCGCAGUGAUUUCCUACCCUAUGUGGGUGCACAGGGAAGCCCUGUCACCAGGUAGCCCUGCCACCAGGUAGCAGGCUGAAGCCGUGACCCCCUAGGACCACAGAAUGGAAGCAGAGGGUCAGCAACUUUGGUGACCACUGCAAAACUAGCAUUUCAAAACUAACCACAGGCACACAUUGGAGGUGGUGCGAGUUCAGUUCCUGACCACCACAAUGAAGCAAAUGACCCCAGUGCUUGAGUUGGUCCAUGCUCAAGAGGAUGUCUACUCAUCUUUUCUGCUACCCCAAGCACAGUCUUCUCCCUGGCAAGUCCUUUCCUGUCUUCAGGGGCCAUUUUCCCAUCCAUCCAUUUCGGCAGAAACCUCAGGGAUGAAGAGCAGGGCUGUCAAGAGAGGUGUAAGCAGCAAGGCUAGAGGACCAGGAAUGGUGAGACCUGGCCCCCUCCCUGCUCCGUUGCUAAUUCAUUGGGGGUAUCAGCCAUGCAGCCAACCUCGCUGGGCAUCAUCAAUGAGAAGCAGAACUGAAUCAGCAUUUCUAAAAGCAUGUUUCCUGGAAUGCUCCCUCUCAAGGAGCACUGAGGCUACAGGACAACCAGAAGGCCUAAAAAUAUCAGAGACAGAUGUCAGUAGUGAUAGAGCCACCACACCAUCUCCCCUGAAUACAGUCACCUAUGCUCCUUGGGUGAUGCUGUCUGAUGCUCUGGCUUUACAUCUGGAUGUUGAAUUGAUUUUAAUUCUGGCUCCAGAACUUACCAGGGUGCCCUACGGUCGACUGAAUGCUGAUCACAUCUGGGUCAGGAAGAAGUCAAGGAGGCUCCCAAUGAUCCCUGGGGGCAUUUAUAGCACUAAACCAGAAGCCCAGCCAGUGGGAGAUGACAGCCCCAGAGCCCUGCCUGUGUUAGGGGAGCUCUCCAACUCAGAUAAUGACAUAAACGAGUCCGUGUUCAUCUGGGGAAUCUCAGACAAAGCAGCCCAGAGGACAAUCAUCUCUGUCGAUGAAGGUUUGUUUCACUUGCAACGGGAAAAGCAGCAACAGCAGCAGCAACAGAAGCAGCGACCGGAGCUGGUGCACAGGCUGGGGAGAGGUAAAGGCAGGCUGAAGCUGCUGCAUAGACUACCCUUUAAAGACAAGCAUUUCACUUGCAGCAAAAUAAUAGCAAGGAGGUUCGCUUGCUUUGCGCAGAGGCUGAGCCACAGGAGAAAGCAAAGCCAAUGUGAUUUAUUGAAUGAAAGCUCUGGACAAUUACCAACAACUUGUUCCCCUGCUGCCUCGAACAACCUAAACUGGAACCUCCGUGUGAAAAUGACCCAACAAAUGCAGAAUUUACAUCUUUCUCAGUCAAAAAAACAUAGCACUCCAUCAUCACCCAAUGCUGCCAAACGCCUGUAUAGGAACCUUUCCGAGAAACUGAAGGGGAGCCACUCUUCGUUUGAUGAAGCCUAUUUCAGAACAAGAACUGACCGGCUAAGUCUCAGAAAGACCUCGGUGAACUUCCAAGGCAAUGAAGCCAUAUUUGAAGCAGUUGAACAGCAGGACAUGGAUGCUGUACAGAUCCUUCUGUAUCAAUAUACCCCAGAAGAACUAGAUCUCAACACACCUAACAGUGAGGGGUUGACACCACUGGAUAUCGCCAUCAUGACCAACAAUGUGCCGAUUGCUAAGAUUCUUCUGAAGACAGGAGCCCGAGAAAGUCCACACUUCGUCAGCCUGGAAAGUCGAGCGAUGCACCUCAACACGCUGGUGCAGGAGGCCCAGGAGAGGGUGAGUGAGCUGUCUGCUCAGGUGGAGAAUGAAGGAUUCAGUCUGGACAACACAGAGAAAGAGAAACAGCUGAAAGCUUGGGAGUGGAGGUAUCGGCUGUACAGACGCAUGAAAACGGGCUUCGAACAUGCCAGAGCCCCCGAGGUGCCAACCAACGCCUGUCUCAUGGUAACCAGCAGCACAUCACUCACUGUCAGCUUUCAAGAGCCUCUUAGUGUCAACGCAGCUGUAGUAACUAGAUAUAAAGUGGAAUGGAGCAUGUCUAAAGACUUUUGUCCUUUGGCUGGUGAAAUCAUCAUGGAAAACCUGCAGACCCUGAGAUGCACGAUCACAGGGCUUACAACGGGCCAACAGUAUUUUGUUCAAGUCUCAGCUUAUAACAUGAAAGGAUGGGGAGCUGCCCAGACCACGACACCAGCAUACGCCUCUCCUUCUAACUGGAAAGACUAUGACGACAGAGAGCCCAGACACAAGGGACAGAGUGAAGUUUUGGAAGGUCUGCUGCAGCAGGUCCGGGCCCUUCAUCAGCAUUAUAGUUGCCGGGAAAGUUCAAAAUUACAAACCACUGGCCGCAAGCAGUCAGUCUCCAGGAGUCUGAAACACCUAUUCCAUUCCUCAAACAAGUUUGUGAAAACCUUAAAACGGGGACUCUACAUAGCUGUUAUAUUUUAUUACAAAGACAAUAUGUUAGUCACCAAUGAAGAUCAAAUACCGAUUGUUGAAAUAGAUGACUCUCAUACCAGUUCCAUUACACAAGAUUUUCUGUGGUUCACAAAGCUGUCUUGUAUGUGGGAAGAUAUAAGGUGGUUGAGGCAAAGUGUACCUAUCUCCAUGUCUUCAUCCACAGUACUGCAAACUCGGCAGAAGAUGCUCGCAGCAACAGCCCAGCUACAGAAUUUACUUGGAACACACAACUUGGGAAGAGUUUACUAUGAGCCCAUUAAAGACCGGCAUGGAAACAUCCUCAUAGUCACCAUCAGAGAAGUGGAGAUGCUCUAUUCAUUUUUUAAUGGCAAAUGGAUGCAGAUCUCAAAGCUGCAAAGUCAGAGGAAGUCUCUAUCAACACCUGAGGAACCAACAGCCUUAGACAUUUUGCUGAUAACCAUCCAGGAUAUUCUCGCCUAUCACAAAAGGAGCCAUCAGCGUCUCUCUCCUGGAUUAUAUCUGGGUUACCUAAAGCUAUGUAGCUCUGUGGAUCAGAUCAAAGUUCUUGUUACCCAAAAGUUGCCCAACAUUCUCUGUCAUGUGAAGAUCCGUGAAAACUAUAACAUUUCCAAAGAGGAAUGGGAAUGGGUCCAAAAGCUUUCUGGCUCUGAAUCUAUGGAAAGUGUGGAUCAUACUUCUGACUGCCCCAUGCAAUUGUUCUUCUACGAGCUCCAGAUGGCAGUGAAAGCUCUCCUUAAGCAGAUUAAUAUACCUCUACACCAGGCAAGGAACUUCCGCCUCUACACACAGGAGGUGUUGGAAAUGGGUCACAAUGUGUCCUUUCUUCUCCUGCUCCCUGCCUCAGACGACGUCUGUACAGCCCCAGGACAGAAUAAUCCUUACACCCCACACUCAGGGUUUCUUAACCUCCCUCUUCAGAUGUUUGAACUUGUUCAUUUUUGCAGUUACAGGGAGAAAUUUAUUAGUCUGUAUUGCCGCCUUUCUGCUGUUGUGGAGCUGGAUUCUCUGAAUACCCAACAGUCCCUGAGGGAAGCAAUCUCAGACAGCGAGGUUGCAGCUGCCAAACAAAGACACCAGCAAGUUUUAGAUUUCAUUCAGCAAAUAGAUGAAGUCUGGCGUGAAAUGAGGUGGAUCAUGGAUGCUCUGCAGUAUGCAAGAUACAAACAGCCAAAUUCUGGCUUACCCAUCACUAAGCUGCUCGACCCCUCGGCUGAGCAGAACCUAAAGAAGAUCAACUCCACAUCAUCACAUAUAGAUUGUCUUCCAUCCCCAUCCCCAUCCCCAGAGAUGCACAGAAGAAAAGCAGUGAGUGAUUCACAGCCCUGCUCUGAUGAAGAAGGUUGCUCGGAAGUCUUCCUCCCCACCGACAGCGACUACGACUCCAGUGAUGCUCUGAGUCCCCGAGACCUGGACCUGGUCUACCUGUCAUCACAUGACAUCGCCCAGCAGGCACUAAGCGGCCUAAGCGGCAGUGCCCCUGACGUUCUGCAGGUAAACGACAUGAAGAGUCCUUUGGGACCCAGCCAGGACACCCAGGCCCGCGUCCAAGGACAGGAUUCCGACCAUUCUUGCGCUGAGUUCCUCCACAGUUUGUCCCUCACCGGCUUCCUGCCCAAGAACCACGCCAAGAUGGCGCCGAGUGCACGGCAGCCGCUGGGAUUCCUGGGAAAGCGAAAGCCCGCCAAGCACCUGCACUAUGGAGGCUUCAGCCGCCACCACCGCUGGCUUCGCAUGCACAGUGAGACGCAGUCGCUGUCGCUGUCCGAGGGCGUUUACACGCAGCACCUGUCUCGAGCCUGUGGCCUGGUGCAGGAGCCUGGGGAGACCACCAAGCAGCUUGGACCUACCCCAGAUGCACCCCGGGGUCUGUCUCUGGCCCACUCCACCAGCCUCCCUGAGGAGCGGAAGAGCAGCCUCCAAGACCCAAGGCCUUUGGUCCGCAGCAUCUACAUGGAGCCCUACUCCGAGGCCAUGGUUGAUGCUAAGUCUUGGACUGCAGUGAGCCCGCCCCCUGGUGCUGCCCUGCCCAGCCCCACUGGGCCAGAAAUGAGCCCAGAGAGCCCGACCACCUCCCAGGUGUCAGAAAUACUCAGCAGCAUGCUUUAGACAUGCCCACACCACUCUCCACCACUCCACCUCAAGUCCCUGCAUUUACCAUUAUCCUAGGCCCAGCUUGCUCCUUUUAUGUCCCCAUCCAUUUUCAAACAGUUUCAAAGGUACAGAUCAAUGGUCACAGGUUCAAGACCCUCCUUUUUAGGACAGAGUUGGAGAAAUAAGCAUUGCUAGCGUCAUUCCCAGUUCAGCCUAGGAAGGGCAUAUAGUAGCUUUGUGUCAACAUGAAGCCCUGGAUACAAAGGUUCAAACAUGCCAUACUGUUGGGGGCACCUAAGACUGAGAUAGAGUAGCCAAAAGAAUUACUGUCAAUUCUGCAGCUGGCUCUGUCAUCUGGCCUCUGGGUUUAGGGCCCUUUUGUACAUUUGUGGUUGAUGAGAAAGAAUUUGAUCAA